AUGACUUGCUCCUCUCCCUAUAGUCUGGCCUCCAGCGAGGAGAGCCCAGAGACUCGGGCCUCCGGCAGCGACGCACAACUUGUGCGGCCAGCGCGAAAGAGACGCCAUUCGAAUUUCAUUCCCAGGAGAAAAUCCAUUGUGAAGAACUUCAUGGAGGGAGAGGAGGCACUCGUCUUGAAGGUCGAUCUGUUCCUUCAAGAACUUGAGCGACGGCUCGAGUUCAUCGAAAGCUAUGGCGACCUCACAAUCGAUGCCAGUCUUUCUCGGGCUUACUCGACGCUUGAGGCAGUGCGGACAAGAUGCUCACAGGUCUCCGAGGAGGUAAUUGGCGAGGGCCGGCGAAGAUUGCACAUAAUGGUAGAGACGAUUGAGACUAGAUACCAAGAUGCGCUAGCUGCUGCCGAGUCUCUCAACGAGAAGACUCGCGUCAGUAUUGAGUUACUAGACAGCAUGCUCUCCGACUUCGAGGAUCGAGCAUACAAGCUUCGGGAACGAGGUCUUCAGAAUGUUGCCGAUGCUGCGGGUAUUUUCAUGGACGAGGGUCGCCGCGUGGUCGACGAGGGCUUUGAACGUGCCAGAGAAGUGGUCGGAGAGGGUUUCGAGAGAGCUAAGCAUGCCGCAGAGUCUCUCGAGGAACAUAUUCAGAGGGCCGUGCAUCGGGCACGAGAGCACGGUCUCAUCCGAUACGAUGACCUACCAAUACCAUGGAGGAUCAACCCACAUAUCGUCAAGGGAUAUCGAUUCACAGAGUCCUACUCGGGUUGUAUCCGGUCUGCAUUUGGCAUGUCAAACGAGCUUGUCAACAUCUGGAGUCAUGCUCUUGGGUUGAUAAUUGUCCUCUCUGUGGCCUUCUACUUCUACCCCACGAGUCUCAAUUUCUCGCUCAGCACGAAGGCGGAUAUUUUCAUUGCAGCCGUCUUCUUCUUUGCCGCAUGCCAAUGCCUUGUCUGCAGCACAAUAUGGCAUACCAUGAACGCCGUUGCGGAUGUGGAUCUGAUUUCCAUGUUUGCUUGUGUGGAUUACACGGGUAUUUCGUUAUUGGUCGCAGCAUCCAUCAUGACAACAGAGUACACGGCGUUCUACUGCGAGCCCGUUAGCCAGUUGAUAUACAUGAGUACGACGGCGAUCCUCGGCAUAGGCGGCGUUAUGCUCCCUUGGCACCCCCGGUUCAAUGGCCAGGACAUGGCUUGGGUCCGUGUUGCAUUCUACAUCGGCCUCGCCGCAACUGGGUUCCUGCCUAUUGCACAGCUUUCGUGGUCACGCGGCCUUGAGUUUGUGUGGCAGUUCUACUCGCCCAUUGCGAAGUCUCUGUUCGUGUACGUUGCAGGAGCCUUCAUCUACGCCAGCAAGGUACCCGAGAGAUGGUUCCCUGGCAUGUUCGAUUACUUUGGCGGUAGUCAUAAUCUGUGGCAUAUUGCUGUGCUGGGUGGAAUUCUCUUUCACUACACCGCCAUGCAGCAGUUCUUCUCCAGCGCCUUUCGCCGAGCCGAGGGGGGCUGCCCGGUGUAUUGA